UGGCUCCUUCCAGGUGCUUCCGGCUCCCACCGGACGGAGGCGCGCUCGGCCCCGGGCUCGUUCUCCCACGGAAGUGUGUUUAGGCGCACCGGAAGCCACCUCAGGGGGUGAGCCAUGGCGGGUUUGCCUGUUAGAGACCCUGCGGUGGAUCGUUCUCUGCGUUCUGUAUUCGUGGGAAACAUUCCUUAUGAAGCUACUGAAGAACAGCUGAAGGACAUCUUCUCUGAGGUUGGGCCUGUUGUUAGUUUCAGAUUGGUGUAUGAUAGGGAGACAGGAAAACCAAAGGGUUAUGGCUUCUGUGAAUACCAAGACCAAGAGACGGCCCUUAGUGCCAUGCGGAACCUGAACGGUCGCGAAUUCAGUGGGCGAGCACUUCGAGUGGAUAAUGCUGCCAGUGAAAAGAACAAAGAGGAACUCAAAAGCCUUGGCACUGGCGCACCUGUCAUUGAGUCACCUUAUGGAGAGACCAUCAACCCCGAGGAUGCCCCUGAAUCUAUUAGCAAAGCAGUUGCUAGUCUUCCACCAGAACAGAUGUUUGAGCUGAUGAAACAGAUGAAGCUCUGUGUCCAGAAUAGUCCCCAGGAAGCACGAAACAUGUUGCUUCAGAAUCCUCAGCUGGCAUAUGCUUUGCUACAAGCACAGGUAGUGAUGAGAAUUGUGGAUCCUGAGAUUGCCCUGAAAAUUCUGCAUCGCCAGACAAAUAUCCCAACGCUGAUUUCAGGCAACCCUCAGCCAGUCCAUGUUGCUGGGCCUGGCUCAGGACCCAAUGUUUCAAUGAACCAGCAGAAUCCUCAGGCCCCUCAGGCUCAAUCUUUGGGCGGAAUGCAUGUCAAUGGUGCAACUCUGAUGCAAGCUUCUAUGCCAGGUGGAGUACCUGCCCCAGUGCAAAUGGCUGCAGCUGUAGCAGGACCUGGCCCUGGUUCUUUAGCCCCUGCAGGAGUCAUGCAAGCCCAAGUGGGAAUGCAAGGAGGUGGACCAGUGCCCAUGGAAAGAGGACAAGGAACCCUACAGCACUCGCCCGUGGGACCCGCCGGGCCUGCAUCAAUUGAGCGAGUUCAAGGGCAGAGAACAUGGAUGAUAUGGGCAUCUGUCCAAAGAUCUACUCUCUCCCUACUGGUGUCAGGAGGCUUGGCUGGAAUAGUAGUCUGUAAGGAGACAGCAGUGCCAAUGCAAGACCCCAGAGCAGCUAUGCAGCGGGGAGCCUUGCCUGCCAAUGUCCCAACUCCUCGUGGUCUGUUAGGAGAUGCCCCCAAUGACCCACGGGGAGGCACUUUAAUGUCUGUAACUGGAGAGGUAGAGCCUAGAGCUUACUUGGGACCCCCACCACCACCUCAUCAGGGCCCACCCAUGCACCAUGUUCCUGGCCAUGAAGGCCGUGGACCACCCCCACAUGACAUGAGGGGAGGUCCAUUAGCUGAGCCCAGACCUUUAAUGGCAGAGCCAAGAGGACCCAUGAUAGAUCAGAGGGGUCCACCCAUGGAUGCUAGAGGUGGACGAGAUCCCCGAGGAUUAGAUGCACGAGGGUUGGAGGCCAGAGGACUGGAUGCCAGAGGACUGGAGGCCCGUGCCAUGGAGGCCCGUGCCAUGGAAGCCCGUGCCAUGGAGGCCCGUGCCAUGGAGGCCCGUGCCAUGGAAGCCCGUGCCAUGGAGGCCAGAGGCAUGGAUACCAGAGGCCCGGUACCUGGACCUAGAGGACCUAUACCUAGUGGAAUCCAAGGUCCCAAUCCAAUGAACAUGGGGGCUGUCGUUCCCCAGGGAUCAAGACAGGUCCCAGUCAUGCAGGGAGCAGGCAUUCAAGCAGCAAGCAUGCAAGGUGGAAACCAACCUGGUGGCUUUAGUCCUGGACAGAGCCAAGUCACACCCCAGGAUCAUGAGAAGGCUGCUUUAAUUAUGCAGGUCCUUCAACUCACUGCAGACCAGAUUGCCAUGCUGCCUCCUGAGCAGAGGCAGAGUAUCCUAAUCUUAAAGGAACAGAUACAGAAAUCCACUGGGGCACCUUAAAAGGUUCUGAAAAAUACCUGGCAACAAAUCUGGAAAUAGUAAUUCCUUAACAUUGCUGAAAUGUUGAAAACAUGGUGACUUCUGCAUCCUAACCCCUGAUGAUUCAAAUUGGUGCCAGGUGGAGGACUCGCAUGACCAUUUCUCCAAACGAAAGCAGUUCAUUUUGUUGUCUUAGUUUGUAUAUUUUCUGUGAUGUCAAAUAAACUCUGAACACAAUCUUAGCAUACCGAAAAUUGAUAUAUAUAUAUAUAUAUAU